CGAGACAAAGCUGCCAAACUCUGAGUCUCUGACCGAGUGGUUUUUGGAACUUGGAAGUGUUUGAUGAACUUGCUUUCUUUUUGGACUGUUGAUCGCGGCGGGAUGGCGGCGACCGGGGAACGAAGUCGGAGCAGAAUUGCGACGGUUGUUCUUCUACUUGUACUGUCAUUCUCGUCCGUAUCCCUGGCAUACCGGCCGGGAGACAUCGUUCCGAUGAGCAAGAUGGGACAAUACCACUCGUCCAGAACCAUGUGGCACGAUAUGAUCGGCAAGCAUUGCCCCAUUUUUGGCGUUAAUCGCGAGGUUUUGGUUCCAAUCGCAAAGCCCACAGGUUAUACGGGUGCAGAUCCUUACAAGAUAUCCUUUCAAGUAGGAAGGGAAAAAUAUCAAACACCGUGGCUUUACGUGAUUAAUAGGAAGAGUUCCGAGGUUCCUAUGAUUGAUGUGCAUUUGAGGUAUGCAGGUGGUGAUUUGCAUGGGAUCACUGCUAAAGUUGUAGAUAUGCCUCAUCACUAUGUGGAAAUUCAUCCCAAUAUCCGUAAACAAUUUUGGGAUCCUCAGCAUUGGCCCAAGCAUGUUCUUGUGAGAUACACUUGGGAGGAGCAUUCUGACAUUGAUGUGACUGCUGGUUUUUAUGUUUUGUUCGGAUCAGGCCUUACGAUGUCUUUCAUUCUCUCAAUUUACAUCCUGCAGUCAUCACGGGACAAAUUGGCAAGGUUUGUCAGGGAGACUGUUGGAGAAGGCGGCAUUCCCUCUGGAGUCAUUGCAAAGGUUGAAUGAGGAAGUUGCUACAUGCGAGGUUCCUAUUUUAUCUCAAGCACUAUGCGCUUGUGAACAUUUAUCUGAAAGCUGGAGCAGAAAGAUUGAGGUCUCCUGCAACAUGUUUAAGUCUCGUGACACAUCGAGUCCACAUGCAUAUUAGGCCCGUCUCUGAGCAAAGUGCUCUUGAUUGAACCAACAAAAUCGAUUUUCCUUGACUUGGAACAUAUUAUUGGAUUCCAAGUUCAGCGUCUGUAGUGGUGACUGGUGAGAAAUAUGUGAGAUAUUAGUAACUAACCCAGUAAAGUGGAAAUAAGCCCUCGUCCACUUCAUUCCGUCAUCCCUUUGCCUUAGAACCAUCCCCAUAAUCAUUAAAGUGAUGUUAGCUAUGAUACCAACGGUUACGGUUAUGUAUGUUGAACUUGC